AUGUUUGCAACUCGAAAACUAGAGUCAAAUAAGAAAAUGACGCACUCCGGCUCGAGACGCUUCGAAUGUGCCUGGUUCUACAAAAUCUUCGACUUGAUCUUCGGACUAUUUCAAUUUUUGCUCUUUAACUUCAGGAAAACGCAUCGAGUGUAUGCUAAACACCAGGUGGUUCGCUACAAAGAGGCCCCCAUGUCUCCAUUUAUGAUGCAACGAUUGACACUCGUUCGUCGCAAAAUAUUGGUGCUCGAUUUGGACGAGACGUUGAUCCACUCGCAUCACGAUGGGGUAAUCCGUCCAAUGGUCAAACCGGGAACACCGCCAGAUUUCACGAUUCGCGUCGAAAUCGAUCGACAUCCCGUGCGAUUUUCUGUGCACGCUCGGCCACAUGUUGACUACUUUUUGCAGAUUGUGAGCCAAUGGUUCGACUUGGUCGUCUUCACGGCAUCAAUGGAGGUCUACGGGAGCCAUGUCGCUGAUCGGCUCGACAAGGGACGUGGGAUGUUCAAGAGAAGGUACUUCCGUCAGCACUGUACAAUGGACUAUGGCGGUUACACAAAGGAUCUAUCAGCAAUUCACUCAGAUUUGUCGUCGAUAUUUAUUCUAGACAAUUCGCCUGGAGCAUAUAGAAAUUUUCCACAGAACGCGAUCCCCAUUCAAUCGUGGUUCAGUGAUCCGUCGGACACUGCUCUUUUGGCACUGUUGCCGUUCUUGGAUGCGUUGAGAUUCACGACCGACGUGCGCUCAAUCCUCAGCCGCAACAAUCAGAAUAUCCAGGCGCAAGUGUGG